CAAGUGCUUCCAGAUUCAAUAAAGAACACACUCUCGGAGAGACAGAGAGGGAUGGAGGAAGAGGAGCAUGAGGUGUACGGUGGAGAAAUCCCGGACAUGGAGGGAGAUAUGGAUCCUCACAGCGCCGAUGUCGAUAUGCGCGCCGCAGAAGAUGACGCCGUCAAGGCGCAGGAGCUGGAUGAGAUGAAAAAGAGGUUGAAGGAGAUGGAGGAAGAAGCCGCGGCUCUCCGCGAGAUGCAGGUAAAGGUGGAGAAGGAGAUGGGCGCUGUUCAAGAUCCUGCUAGUGCAGCUGCUAAUGCGAACAAAGAGGAAGUAGAUUCAAGAUCAGUAUUUGUUGGCAAUGUUGAUUAUUCAUGCACUCCUGAAGAAGUGCAGCAGCAUUUCCAAUCGUGCGGCACUGUGAACAGAGUCACUAUUCUCACAGACAAGUUUGGACAGCCAAAGGGUUUCGCCUAUGUGGAAUUUGUUGAAGUGGAAGCUGUUCAGGAGGCUCUUGUGUUGAAUGAAUCUGAACUACAUGGCCGUCAGUUGAAGGUUUCAGCAAAAAGAACAAACGUUCCUGGGAUGAAGCAGUAUCGCGCAAGGCGUUUUAAUCCUUAUGCUGGAUAUGGAUUCAGGAGACCAUAUGUACCUCCAUAUUUAUACUCCCCUUAUGGAUAUGGCAAGGUUCCUAGGUUUCGAAGGCCAGCGAGAUACAUGCCUUAUUACUAAAAAGUGUUUGCUUUGUAGCCAAUGAAGUUAGCAUCUUCCGAGAGCUCAAGACUUUUACAUAUUUUAUUUUAAGAAGAAUUUGAGACACCUAAUCUUGCAUGCAUGAAGAUUGUCUUCAUAAUGAUUUUACUAUAUGGCACAGUGGAAAGUAAUUAGGCAAUGUUGCCUAUCAGCCCACGCUGCAUUAUCUCCUUUUUCUUAUUCCAUCAUCUUGCGACAUGAAGUUGUGUCCAUGUUUAGGCAGUGAUUAUAUUUCUUUUUGCGCGAACUGCCUUGAUCUUAAUUGCUGGAACCUGUUUUUGUAUGAAAGGGGAAAAAAAAGGGUUCGGAGGUAUGAUGUAUGAGUAGGAGGUUUGCAUGUGUUAAUAGUUAAUAUUUGCUUCUGGUGAUAUAGAAUUUCUGUACUAUUUCUAACCGAGGAUUCGUGGUAAUGAAUCCAUCAUUUAUG